UCGCGAGGAGAACUCCCUCAGCUCAAAGCCUCUCCCAGCUGCCAGGAAGGCCACCCCAGCCGUCAGCCAUGGUGCACUGGACCGCCGAGGAGAAGCAGCUCAUCUGCUCCCUGUGGGGCAAGGUUGAUCUCGGCAUCAUCGGAGGGGAGACCCUGGCCGGCCUCCUGGUCAUCUACCCCUGGACCCAGAGGCUGUUCAGCCAUUUUGGGAACCUCUCCAGCCCAACUGCCAUCUCGGGCAACCCCAGGGUGAAGGCGCACGGCAAGAAGGUGCUCACCUCCUUCGGAGAUGCCAUCAAGAACCUGGACAACAUCAAGGAGACCUUCGCCAAGCUGAGCGAGCUGCACUGCGACAAGCUGCACGUGGACCCCGUGAACUUCAAGCUUCUGGGCAAUGUACUCAUUAUCGUCAUGGCGGACCACUUUGGGAAGGAAUUCACUCCCGCCCACCACGCUGCGUACCAGAAGCUGGUCAAUGUGGUAUCCCAUGCCCUGGCCCGCCGGUACCACUGAGGCCCUCCCAGGCCAGCCAGCCCUGAGGAAGCCCUUCCCUCCUGGGCCCAACCGACUCUCCAAUAAACGCCACCCCGCAACUUGA